AUGGAUAUCGUUUGGUCAAUGGUACAACUCAAUAAUGAUUACAACUCAUUAACUUUAAAUAGUCGAAAUGAAAACAAACGUCUAUCUUAUUUACCAUGUUUUCCUCUUCGAUUGAACGAAAAACCCUCGAAUUCAUCAUCACUUCUUCUCGCCAAUGUACCACGCUGUUGUCUUAGUUUACGUCAACUGUUGCAACGUGAUUCUGAACAAUUCUAUUUUCCAGUAUUUCAUCAACCGAUAAUGUAUCAUCAUCCACAUUAUGAAUACCAAUCGUUUAUGUAUUAUAUGUUUUAUAAACAUUUUUCAAAUUUAAAACAACGCUUAAAAGUCAAUGUAUCUAUUAUCGAUUAUAAUCUUUCUCGUCUUCAUUCAUUUAUAACAAAUGAAUAUUCAAAAAUAAUUCAACAGAACAACAAAUCUAACACUCUAUCACUUGACUAUGAUGAAAUGGCUUUAGCUUUAGAAUAUUAUUUACAAAUGGAUGUGGAUCUUUUCUAUAUGAAAACAUGUUCAUUUGGCGAUGCACAAUCAUACGCAUCGGAUGUAGGUCUUUUUCAUAAUGAACAUAAUUUUGAAAUACGUUAUAGCCUACAACCAUGUCAACAAAUCAAUUGUUGUCUUUGUCAAACAUCAUCAUCAUCAUCAUCAUCACCAUCAACGAUUCGAUUUAAAUCCUUUGAGAUACAUCGUUUUUCCAAUGGUUAUGAGUCCAUAUUAAAUUGUCCAGCCACAUGUCAAACAAAAAAUAUUAUUUACUUAUUUACUUGUCCAUGUGGAAAAUGUGAAUUUAUUGGAUCAACAAAAGAAAGUUUAAUGGAUGUCAUUUUCUAUUAUCGAAAACAAUUAAAUCAAUUUAUACAUACACAUUUAACUGGUUUAAAUUCAUCUCUUGAUUCAUUUUCAACACCAUUUUUAUUUUGCACAAUAUCAGAUUCACUUUUAUAUGAACAUAUUACACAAUGUCCAACAAUUUUGGAACGAUUUCUUCAAGUUAACCCACAAUAUUAUUGUUUUAUUCCAAUGUUGUUAGAACAUGUAAUACAGAAUAACUUUUUAAUAAAUAUCAAUGAUUUUACCACGAAUUCUUUCUCUUCUUCUUCGACAUCAUGUACUAUCAACUUGUCAACAAGUGAAUCCGUUGAAAAUGAACAACCAAUUCAUUUAAUUAAUGACGAAAUUAAUCAAUAUAUAACAAAACUACCGAAACUAUCGAAGAAUACCGUAUUUACAUCAAAUCAACGUAAACUACAACGUAACUUUUUCCAUCAAUGUAUAUCUAAACAAGAAGUCAUUGUAAAAUCAUCUGAUCUCUAUAAUAUAACACUUCUUUGUGUUUUACCUGAAUAUGCUUCUUGUCGUUUGCGUACAGUUAUUCAAGCCCUAUAUAUUUUACAUGUCGAACCAAGAUUAAAUCAAUAG